AUGAACUUUACAAAGUAUAUAAGGAGCUGUCCACCGAGGGCUCGACACUCAGAUCUCAACAACAAAACCAACCGUCUCUCACUUUGGAAGAUCAGCUCUUCAACCUAUCACAAAUUCAGCAUGAAGGCUGUUGUCCUCCUGUUGUGCGCCGUCGUGGCCAUGAGCUCCGCCAGUCCUUUGUAUGGCGGCUAUGGAUACGGUGGCUAUGGACUGGGUGGUUAUGGACUGGGUGGCUAUGGACUGGGUGGUUAUGGACUGGGUGGUUAUGGACUGGGUUAUGGACUUGGUGGUAUUGGCGGCGGUCUGGGUUUUGGUUAUGGAGGACUAGGCUAUGGUCUUGGCUAUGGUGGUCUUGGUGGUCUUAGCGGCAUUGGCUAUGGUCUUGGCUAUGGCCUUAAAGGGUACUACUAGAUAACUGAGAAAAAGCACCAAAUCUGCAUGCACCAAGAAAGACCGAGCUAUGUCCUACAUUUUACUUUAGUCAAAUAAAACUGGAGCAAAAGAAGA